AUGUACCCCUUCAGUGUUCCCACCAGCCUUCCGGCGUUCGACCUGGGAACUCGAAUCACGGCUCCACAUCUGCACAAGAGAGACUUUUCCAGCAGUGACCUCUCCGUAAUGUCUGCUCUUCCCACCUCCAGUUGGGAGACGAGGUGUCUCAGAAAACACCGGCGAAGAAGUGAUGACGAGGUGUGCAGUGCCAAGCGCAGACGCCUCAUGGAGACAGAGGGGGCGCUCUCUGAGUGCUGCGCUCCUCGUCCGUCAGCAGAGUGGGUGAGAGGGGCUUCCCCUGUGCCCCCCUCUGGUGACCCCCCUGUCUCACACGUUCCUCCUGCCCCUGAUGACAGCACACAUGGCUCCCACAGCGCACACAUGGAGGUGGAGGCGGCUCAGCGGAGGCUGCGCGAGAUAGAAGAGCGAAUCACUCUGGAGGACGACUCUGACUCGGAGCUGGAGGUGGAGGUGUGCCCCCGCAGGCCGGUGCUGGUACUGUCUGACAGUUUGAAGGAGGGUCUGCAGAGGGGCCUGAGCGACAUCCUGCCCCACACUGUGGCCCAGUCUGUGAGCCACUCGUGUAUGGAGCUGGUUCUAUGGCGGCCCCCAGACGAGCCCUUCAACCACAAGGCCCAGCAACAGCAGCAACAGCAGCAUCAGCAGCAGCAUCAGCAUCAGCAGCAACAGCAGCAGCAGCAUCAGCAUCAUCAUCAGCAGCAUCAUCAUCAGCAGCAUCAUCAGCAGCAUCAUCAUCAGCAUCAUCAUCAGCAGCAGCAGCAUCAGCAUCAUCAUCAGCAGCAGCAUCAGCAUCAGCAGCAGCAGCAGCAGCAGUAUCCGCCCACCCCUUGCCCCUCGCCCGCCGCCCUCAGAGACGCUCCAGAGCCGGGCGAGGAGGACAUGGAGAUGUGA